AUGAAGGGUUAUCCUCUUGAGGAUUUGUACGACACACUAGGAGAAAUUAAGGUUAUUGAAAGUGUUCUUGUUCCUACUGUUGAUGAGGAACCUCUCAUGGCACGCUUAAUGGAUGGGGAGCCAGACUAUGAAAAUGAAGAAGGCGUGAGUAAUUUGUGGAGCACGUGGUUGACUGUUAAGGAGAAGCCUAUCUUUUGGCAAGAACUCUAUGAGUUAGAUGUGGCUGCAAGGGAGUUUCCUCAGAAGAAAGACAAAAGGAAAGUGCAUGAAGAAGCAUCCUCCUCUAAUACAAGUUUGGAAGACGUUUUGAAAGAGUUUGAAGAGAGGUUGAUGACAAGUUUGAGUGAAGUGAAUGGGAAGGUGGAAAAAAUGAACAAGAGGCUUGGGAAGAUUGAACGUUGCCAAGUUGUUUUAAAAAAGAGGUGUAAAAGGAUGAAGAGUGCGUGUGGGGAUCGACUCAAAAUGGCAGUGCUUUACUUCUUAGGCAUGAUUAUCAGAGCGAAGGGAAGGUAUAAUGCCCCGUUCGACCAUUUCAUAUUAAGAAUCGUCAACGAUGUGGAGGUUUGUAAAACCUUUCCUUGGGGUUUAAGGAGAACAAUGACGGUUUCGACUAUCAAGGCAUGGAUUAUGACUGCGGUGGACAGCCGAAAGAACAGCAAUGGAGCGGACGCAGUGAUGAAGCAUCUGAAAGGGAAACCUAAGAAUAAUGUCAACUUUCCCGGGUUCAUAAUUCCUUUGGAGAUUCUGGCAUUUGAGUGUAUUCCACCCCUGAAAGCACGAUUUAGAGAAGGUGUAGAAGGUUGUAUGAGUAAGUGUCCGAGGAUGUGUAAAAAGCGGUUCCAAAGUAACAACAUGAAGGGUUAUCCUCUUGAGGAUUUGUACGACACACUAGGAGAAAUUAAGGUUAUUGAAAGUGUUCUUGUUCCUACUGUUGAUGAGGAACCUCUCAUGGCACGCUUAAUGGAUGGGGAGCCAGACUAUGAAAAUGAAGAAGGCGUGAGUAAUUUGUGGAGCACGUGGUUGACUGUUAAGGAGAAGCCUAUCUUUUGUGGGGGAAAAAGUACUUCCACAUUCAAAAUACUCAUGCAAACGUCCGCCUCUCCUUCCCCUGCCCCUGCCUCUUCCCCUUCCGUGUCUUCUUCUUCGUCCACGAGAUUCUCCGGCUGA